AUGGCACUUUACGACGAUCUCGACACAAAACACGGCCCCGACAAGGUGGCCGGAUGGUCCUCGGGAUUGAAGUUGUUCCAGCCACAAUUGCAAGUGAAAAAAGUGAACCAACCGACUAUAACUCCGAAAGCUAUCCUGCGUAAACCUGGCACCAAGAUUCUCACACCCGUUGUGUUGAAAGCCAAAAAGGAACCUUCGGAACAACCGUUUCCGUUCGUUGCUUCCAGCACCACAGGUCCGGGAUCGAGCGCGUUGGUGGGCACGGCAGAACCGAGUACUGCCGUUAAACUGUCGAAAGCACCCAUCACGGUUACGACUACCAACGCUACGCUAAACCCAAUCAGUGCGGCUACGGCCGAUGAUUACAAUUGGGAAGUGGUGGACGAGUACGAUCCGAUGUGGCCGAACGAAUAUGACAAGCUGGUCAAAGACAGAAAAGCGAAAGAACCUCCUAUCAAACCGCUGCAGAGCGGUUUCAGUAGAAACAGGCGCGAAUAUAAACGUUCGUUUGGCAUGCGUAUGAACAACAACAACAACAACAACAACAACAGCGGUAAUACCGGUCCUAGCCACAGUGCACAGCCCGAUGAUGAAGGCCCGGGAGCAAAGAAGUUUAGUGGGUUUGCCGGACGUCCCUCGUCAGACGAUGAGGAAGAGUUCCGUCCCGGACAAAGCCGUCCGUCGGGUGCGGCUAUUGCACCACCACCAUCGCUGCAGGAUUCUAGUGUCGGUGGAAUCCCUACAGAAGGUGGCUCCAAAGUUUCACAGCUCGCUGCGUACGGGGGUAGUUCAGUGGCGGCCAAAAUUAUGGCCAAGUACGGUUUCAAAGAUGGACAAGGGUUGGGAAAACAGGAACAAGGCAUGGCAGUCGCGCUACAGGUGGAGAAAACAUCCAAACGAGGUGGAAGAAUAGUGCACGAGAAGGAUAUUCCGGCGACUGGGUCUGGUACGAGCAGUGGUUCCGGUAACGAAACGGUAACUUCCCCACCGAGCGCUGGACAAAUCGCAUCAGAACCAUCCAUAACGGAGAUCAUGAAAUCUCCGAGCAAAGUGGUUCUAUUACGGAAUAUGGUCGGUCCAGGUGAUGUUGACGACGAGCUGGAACCGGAAGUGAAGGACGAAUGCAACACCAAGUACGGUGAUGUGGUGACGGUGGUGAUCCAUGAAGUUCCGGAUGUGGUACCCGAGGAAGCGGUACGCAUUUUCGUAGAGUUCAAACGUAUGGAAAGCGCCAUCAAGGCCGUGGUGGAUCUGAAUGGACGAUUUUUCGGCGGCCGGCAAGUGCGUGCCGGGUUUUAUAAUCAGGAAAAAUUUGAAAACAUGGAUCUAGGAGGUUAA